CAAUGGUCCCUCUCAAUUCAGGAUCCAUGAUUUGGCCCAUACGUUGCAAUUUAAAAUAGCUCUAAACCCUAAUCUGCUCUUUUCAUUCACCUCCAUUUCCUUUGCAGCCGAAGUCUACCGCUUCUCCGCCAACAAUGGUGAACGUUCCUAAGACAAAGAAGACCUACUGCAAGAACAAGGAGUGCAAAAAGCACACCUUGCACAAGGUCACUCAGUACAAAAAGGGGAAGGAUAGCCUUGCUGCUCAGGGUAAACGUCGUUAUGAUCGCAAGCAAUCUGGUUAUGGGGGUCAGACAAAGCCAGUGUUUCACAAGAAGGCAAAGACAACCAAGAAAAUUGUGUUGAGGCUGCAAUGCCAGUCAUGCAAACAUGUGUCUCAGCACCCAAUCAAGAGGUGCAAGCACUUUGAGAUUGGUGGAGACAAGAAGGGAAAGGGAACAUCUCUGUUCUAAGUGCAUCAUUUUGUUCUUUCAGGAUAAUUUUUAGGUGUGUACUGUUUCUAGAACUGAGAAGGCAUUGUGGGAUAAUUUUGUUUGAUUUGUUCUGUUCAAGAUUAUGUAUUGAUGAAGUUUGAAGUCGUUGUGGAAGAUUGAUUAUGAUGUUAACCAACGUUGCCCUUGUAGUCUGCCUUUGCUGCUUAAUGAAAUGGACCCAGUCGUUUCUUGA